CUCUUCAGGGCCAGCCACUGCCACCACCAUUCCCGGGUGUGCGCUUCGCUCCCCUGCCGCAAACCAUACUCGCCCAGCCACCCUCCCCACUGACCGACUCCGAACGCCCACACUUCCCGGCAUGGGACAAGACGAAAUUGGCGUUGGGAUCGUUGUCGUUGGUGGUGGCGGCAGUGAUUGUUGGCGUUAGCGUCGCUUUCGGCUACUACUCUGCCCGAUAUUUCGGACGUUACGACCCCUCCGGCGCUGACCAGGUGGUCGGGACUUCGGGCGCUGCGGUAUGUUGGAACGGCCUCUCCCUUUGGCCGUGUGUUGCUGUUCAAAACUGACCGUGACACAGGCCGGUCUCGCCAUGGUCGUUACGGCGCUGGAGUUCCUGACGACAUCUCUCUCCGCCCGGCGACAAGGGUUGCAUCCCGGUGUUCUCGUCGCGUUCCACCUCAUCACGUGGCUAGCGGCGCUUGGAGCCGUCGUCGUUACCGCCCUCUAUGUUGCGUACGGCGACUUCCCUGACUACGAGGCCCCGCGGACGCGUCUCUACACGCUAGUGUCCCAAUACGUGGUUUAUGAGCAGGUUGUGCUUGGAUUCGACUCUGUUCUUCUCCUCGCCCAGUUCAUCCUCUUUGUGGGAUCGUGUGUUGAGACGAAUGCGGUCGAGAAAGCGAGGAGAGGAGUGGUUGUCGUGAGGGUCCCGUACCCGGCAGGUGCCCCCUACGCAGGGGGUCAAUACCCGCUCUAUGGGCCUCCUCAGUCGCUCGUGGCGCCGCCAGGGUCUCAUCCAGGGCAGUACCCGGUGCCUUUGAUGAGCCAGGUGCCACGGCAACCCGAUGGCAAGACCGCACCUGCGGCGCCCGAGCCUGUCGCUCUGUACGGCGGGUACUAUGCGCCUGCGCCGCCGGAAAUGGCUUGGAGAGCCUCCCAGCAGCAGGCGAACACUACCCAGCCGGUGUACGAAUACUACGCACCGGCACCUGCGCCCACAAACAGGUCUGCCCGGUCCUCCCAGCCCCAGUCGUCAGCUCCGCCUCCCGCGUCCGGUUCUGGGUCUCGACGGUCACAGCGCCACGCUCAGUCGCAGUCGGCUGCUUCACCGCCCCCCGCACCUCAACAAGCACCACAACAGGGGCCCUCGUAAUCUGAGGAGCGUGUCUCGGAGAAGACCACAUGAGUUGUCGACCUGGGCCGGAAAUUCCAUCAGCAAGAGGGCCUUUUUGGGGCGACGUUUACAAGUCAGCGGGCUUGAAGA